UCACAUACAAGUCUAAAUAAUUCCGAAGUACAGUAAACGGAGAGGAAGGCACUGGAAACCCUCCAAGGAGUCGACUCUCUGCAAGCAAAGUGACAGUCCAAAACGAAAAAAGUAGAGCAAAUGUGGAGCCUACGACACAUCGGAUUAAUACAACAAAAGAACCAUCGGAGCCAAGCCGGCAGCACCACAAUACCACCGUACAUCUACUAUCCCCUACCCCUUUUUAGGUUUUUGCGGACAAUUUUCCCGUUCCAUCCCAAUUUCCGUAGCAAUUGUUCUUUUGUUUCUAUCGUACCGAAGCAAUAAAACACCUUUUUUCAAUGGAGUGGAAGUAGAUGUGAUGUGAGCUGUCCAUUUGUGUAAAGAUAGUGUUGCUGCAUUUCAGUUCGUUAGCAAUUUGCAAUGGGGUGAUCGGCUUCUUGGAAUAUUAAGAUUAUGCAUCUAGAAAUAAUAUUUUCCUUUAGUUGAACUGAUCUUAUUUAAUUAUAUUGGAUUCAUGAUGGGUAAAGAAAACUUUCCACAAGCAGUUAAUGGAGUUGUCAGCAAUGAUGGCUGCUCAAAUGCUGACAUUGGUGAUUCAGGAACUUACUCGCGAUAUAGUCUAGGCAAAGAGGCCAGUUUGCCUUCUUGUCGUGUGUGCCAGUGUUCAGAAUCUGACAAAAGAGGGGAUGCUGCUUUAGCAUUUUUGGGGAUCUCUCCUCCCUUGGCAGUAGCAAUUAAAACCAAGGGUGAAGAUAAGCCUGUUAUUGAAGGAGUUCAAAAGGAUGUUGAAGGUGAUGAGUCUCAUGCUAAGUGUCUUAGGAGAGAAUCUGGGUUUGUUGAGUUCAUAAGCCCUGAAGGAGAGGUUUUCAUAUGUAGCACUGAUUUAGAAAUGGGCUCGUGUCAUCAUCAAGAUGCAUUAAUUGAACUUGGCUGUUCUUGUAAAAAUGAUCUUGCUCUAGUGCAUUAUGCUUGUGCUCUCAAAUGGUUUGUUAGUCAUGGAUCUACUGUUUGUGAGAUCUGUGGAAAUCCUGCAAAAAAUAUCAGGACUUCUGAUUUUAAGAAGAUUGUGGUUUCUUUGAAAGAUUAUGAAGCAUUGAGAGAAAGGACUGCUAGUGGAGAUCCUAAUCCUGCCCAAAUUCACACAAAUUCAGGUGUAGACCCUGAUGCUGUUGCUGCUAUUCGGAGGCAACGACUAAGUGAGAUAUCGUUGUGGUUCAGUCCGCAUAGUAAUAACAACAACAACAAUAGUUCUUCUGCACUUUCACAGGUUGUUUCUGAACAGCCCCCAGAUACUGUCACUGAAGAAGUGGAUCCCGCUGAAAAUCCCACAACCAAGUGGGCUGUGGAAGGUACUGGAAUUCUGCUUGCUACGGGUCUACUUACUGUUACGCUUGCAUGGCUCAUUGCUCCUCGUGUUUGAAAGAAAACGGCUAGGAGUGGUCUCCAUAUUCUCUUGGGAGGCAUAUGUGCUUUAACAGUUGUGGUCUUCUUUCGCUUUAUUGUGCUGACAAGGAUUAAGUAUGGGCCCACACGCUAUUGGGCAAUCCUGUUUGUGUUCUGGUUUCUUGUAUUUGGUAUAUGGGCCUCAAGAACGCACAGUGCUCAUACAACAUGAUACUAGAUGCAUAUAAAUUCACUGUAUUCUUUUUUUUAACAGCCUAUCCUACAUAAUAGUAGUCGAAGUGGACAAAUAUUGGGGCUCUGUUGAGUACUUCAUAAAUGGAAGCCAGUUGAUAGUGUUGGCAUUUGAGAUAUGAGAUGUUGACGGGGGCAACAUUUAUGUAUAUAAUUGCCAUAAUUGACCCUUGAAUGGAAUAUGCAAAUUUUUUUGUGGGGUCA